UGUGUGGACUCUCACAAGCACGCACACGGCUAAUACUCUGCGGAGAUCCUUCUGCAUUCUCUUGUGAAAGUUGCUCUGUUAGAUAGAGAAGCUUUUCUCAGCGUGGGUUGCGGCCUUUGGUAAGAGCAUGUCGUCCAUCUUGCCCUUCACUCCGCCGGUCGUGAAGAGACUGCUGGGAUGGAAGAAAUCAGCCGGUGGCUCUGGAGGAGCAGGUGGAGGAGAGCAGAACGGACAAGAAGAAAAGUGGUGUGAGAAAGCGGUUAAAAGUUUGGUGAAGAAGCUAAAGAAAACAGGACGAUUAGAUGAGCUUGAGAAAGCCAUCACCACUCAAAAUUGUAAUACUAAAUGUGUUACCAUACCAAGCACUUGCUCUGAAAUUUGGGGACUGAGUACACCAAAUACGAUAGAUCAGUGGGAUACAGCAGGCCUUUACAGCUUCUCUGAACAAACCAGGUCUCUGGAUGGCCGUCUGCAGGUGUCUCAUCGGAAAGGACUGCCACACGUGAUAUAUUGCCGAUUGUGGCGCUGGCCUGACCUUCACAGUCACCAUGAACUCAAAGCCAUUGAAAACUGCGAAUAUGCUUUUAAUCUUAAAAAGGAUGAAGUAUGUGUAAACCCUUACCACUACCAGAGAGUUGAGACACCAGUUUUGCCCCCAGUGUUAGUGCCGCGACACACGGAGAUCCUGACCGAGCUGCCUCCUCUGGACGAUUAUACCCACUCCAUCCCGGAAAACACUAACUUCCCAGCGGGAAUCGAGCCACAGAGUAAUUACAUCCCAGAAACGCCACCUCCUGGAUAUAUCAGUGAGGAUGGAGAAACAAGUGAUCAACAGUUGAACCAAAGUAUGGAUACAGGAUCUCCGGCGGAACUAUCUCCUACUACUCUUUCCCCUGUUAAUCAUAGUUUGGAUUUGCAGCCAGUUACUUACUCAGAACCUGCAUUUUGGUGUUCAAUAGCAUAUUAUGAAUUAAACCAGAGGGUUGGAGAGACCUUCCAUGCAUCACAGCCCUCACUCACUGUAGACGGUUUCACAGAUCCAUCAAAUUCAGAGAGGUUCUGCCUAGGGUUGCUCUCCAACGUCAACCGAAAUGCCACCGUAGAAAUGACAAGAAGACAUAUAGGACGAGGAGUCCGCUUGUAUUACAUAGGUGGAGAAGUUUUUGCAGAGUGCCUAAGUGACAGUGCGAUCUUCGUGCAGAGCCCCAACUGCAAUCAGAGAUACGGCUGGCACCCGGCAACGGUGUGUAAAAUCCCACCAGGUUGUAACCUGAAGAUCUUCAACAACCAGGAAUUUGCUGCUCUUCUGGCUCAGUCUGUUAAUCAGGGUUUUGAAGCCGUGUAUCAACUAACUAGAAUGUGCACCAUAAGAAUGAGUUUUGUGAAAGGGUGGGGAGCUGAAUACCGAAGGCAGACGGUGACAAGCACUCCUUGCUGGAUCGAACUCCACCUGAACGGGCCUCUGCAGUGGUUGGACAAAGUGCUGACUCAGAUGGGAUCCCCUUCAGUGCGCUGCUCGAGCAUGUCCUAAAGCCGCGGCACCAACCACGCGCCAGCAAAGACUUCAUGUCACAACUCUCCGGUCAUAGUGUUUGUGUGUGGUCCCCACGGACUGUUUGCUGUCCAAAAGUUCCAGAGAGAAAACAGCACUUGAGGCCUCAUCAAUUAAAGCACCUUGUGGAAUCGGUUUCCUAUAUUCGAAUAUUAGAUGGGAAAAUUAGUGUCUAGAAAUUCCCUCCCAUAAAGGAGAAAGAGAAGAUUUUUAAAGACUUGACUAAUGUCUUGUUGGGCAUAAAACUGAGUGUCCCAAAGGUUUAUGAAUACCAGUAGUAGUUAUGUGUACAGGUAAUGUAUCAUGAUCCAGUAUCACAGUAUUGUGCUGUUUAUAUACAUUUUUAGUUUGCAGAAAUUAGGUGUGUGUGUGUGCUGCUUCUUGAUUUAGGCAAGCCUUUAUAAAGUUACAGUACCUAUUCUGUUAUUCCCACUUCGUUAUUUUUGUGUGUCUUUUUUAAUAUAUAAUAUAUAUCAAGAUUUUCAAAUUAUCAUUUAGAAGCAGAUUUCCCUUGUAGAAAAACUAAUUUUUCUGCCUUUUACCAAAAAAUAAACUCUUGGGGGAAGAAAAGUGGAUUAACUUUUGAAAUCCUUGACCUUAAUAUGUUCAGUGGGUCUUAAAACAGUCCUUCUUUUUGUGUUAUUUACUGCUAACUCUCACCAUAAGGAAAGUUUGCAGAAAAUCUUUUCAGACCUCUUCAUUCCUGCUUUUGCCCUGAUACCAAAACUGUGUAGCGUGACACCCAUCACUAGUAAUGGCGGCACUGACACUGCCAGCGCCAGUUGGUUCUGGGGCACAUCCCGAGUUCAUGUGGAGUAAGUCCCUGUGUCUCACAGCAGAUUUCAGCGGAUAGUAAUGGGCUUGCGUAACCAAGCAGUCUGGUGACUUACCCUUGCACCUCAUAAAAACACAAGUGGCAGUAUACUUAUUUUCAGGGAUAUGCUACAGUUAUUUCAGUAUAUCUUUUUUUUUUAAAGCCAAUCUCUAGAUAUAAACACUCUUUUUUAAAGGCUAUUUUAAAAUAUUUCAAUAGCAGACCUAGUGCUCUUCGAGUUUCAUUUGAUUUAGUUCCAGAUUGUAUUAGGAAAUGGACCUUUUUGUAAAUGUAAUUGCUUCUGCGCAAUACCCACAAAAGUGAUGUUGAGGUAUGAUCAGCAGGUAAAGGCCGUCUGUUUUUAAAGUACGUUGUAUUAAAUUUAUAAUGUGUAUGUUUCUUUACCUAAUUAUGAAUUGAGAAUUUUAAAAAUUGGAGAAGCAGCAAUUUACUAGCAAGGUUUUUUUUAGCUUAUUAUUACCUACAGUUGGAGGUGUUCUUAGCUAAUCCCGGAUAUGUGGUUGACUGUUAGAACCAGUGACCUUUUGCUCUGCCCUGAGAGAUCCCCAGAGCUCUGUCGUCAGUCGGCUCGGCAGCAGAUAAUCCUUGUGUCUGAUGUUAAGUCUGAAGUUGAAACAGUUCUCGUUGGCAUCUCUUUAGGAAUGGAAAACAGCCACUUCUGGCCCCCUGCUAGUAAAUGUUCAUAUUUUUGAAGAUAGACACCUUUGGUACUUGUUCUUUGAAACCAUAUCAUUUUCAGUACUCUCAGUAGUUGGUUGGUUUCUAUUAGAUAUUCCCCAUCUUCCUGUAUUUGUGUGUACAUGUAUGUGCUCAUGUAAACUUGAUAUGCUGAUUAUUGUUUCAACAAUUGCUUACUGUUCACCUGUUAGGUGUGCCAGGAACUUUCUUUGCCUUGGGUAAAGGUGGACAAGACUGAUCUGGUCCCUGCCUUGGCUGAGACAUCAGUUACUGUAACCCUUAAUCAGCUCAUUUGUCUAUGAAGGAGAUAGGGGACUGAGGGAGAGCAUGACAGGGAGGCUUCGCCAGGGAAGUGAUGCUUGUGCUGACAAGCGAUGCGGGAAGGGAAGGGAGCAAGGCACGGGGGAAGCCUUCCUGUGGCAAAGAGAGUGGCAUCAAAUGCAAAUGCUCAUUUCGGAGGAGACCCGUUACUAAGUCUGAAUGCUUACGUAGAAGUCUCUACACGGAUGCAAACUCGAGGAUCAGAAGGGUUCUGUGAUCUGUAAUAGUUGAGGGUGGCCUUAUUUUGUGACAGAUGGCUUCGUGUGUUCAAAUAUGACCACUGUUGGGCUGGCUGGAGGUACCCAGGACACAGGGUACUUGCGCUUACUUGAGAACUUGUGAUGCUGGGGAACAGUUCCGGGGGCAGAGAACCACCUUGAAAGUGGUAGAAGGUUCUGGCAGUCAGCUCCUCUGGCGCUGUGAAGUGAAGCAGUGCCAGCUGUGGUGACGCGUCUACAGCCAUGUUGGGAGUCUCCUGUGCACCAGGAAACUGAGACGCAGUUCUUUGGGGGCACCUGUAGUACUGGGGCUUGCGCCUGGCCAGCAGUUGACUGUUGCUGUUCGAUGAUUUACGUGCUUUUUAAGGAGAUGCUGUGUUUACCUUCUGUUCGGUCUGCGGCCUAAGUUUUGUUGAUCCCUCCCUCCCCCGCUCCACCAUUGGGGUUGUUUUCAUUCUUCUGAGUGAUAAGUUCUCCUCUCUGUCGAAUUUUGUCUUUAUUUAAGUUAGCAAGUUAUUUAGAAUUCCCUCUCCACAGUGCCGAUAAUUUUCUCUGUUUCACGUGAGAACUGAGUGAACAUGUUUUCUGUCACAUUUCUAAGAUGAAUGGUGGUUUGCAUGGAAGAGUCCACAGAGGGACGUCGUGGGGAAUCAGAGCUGGUGACGUUCCCACAGACUUUGGUUUAACCAGUGGCAGCUUCAUUUUUAUCCUGUGAUGGAGUUCUAUUAUAGAUUUCUUUUUAAAAAAGAGUUUUACUGCUUUAAAAAAAAAAUUUGAAAAGUCUGUGUAAGCACUGUUUGGGAUCAGAACACAUGACUGGACUUUGGCCCACUUGUAGGAAUAGCCCUGCUUGUGUUCUUUCCUCCUGCUUCAGCGAACCUGUCUGAUUCGGGUUGAGCUACGCUGGGUAUGCUAAUUAUCCAGAAUGCCAUCCAUUCAUUCCGUACACAUCUAUUGAUGUCUGCUCUUUAUCCGGCCGUGGUAGUAGGUGCUCGGUCAUGAAGAGAACGGGGAUUUAGUCCUGGUCCUCACGCUGGGGGUUACUCCUCUCAGGACCUGCCACUUUGCCAGAAGGAAAUCUGCCUAAUUUUUCUCAAAAGCUAAAUACUGGUAUUCUGUAUUCUUAAUUCUGUAUUCCAAGUAUAUAAUUGCAAAUUGUUUAAUAUCUAGUUUGGUGGUUGUCUUUUUUUUUUUCUAACUUUAAACCAUAGGCAAUUUUGCUUGAUUCUUCUGCUUUUAAAUGUGUCACAUUUUCUUCUUUGUUAAAAUUACUUUAAUUUCAGUUUAUUUGUGCCUUUUAGGUCAGUUUCGAUCAAGACUAAGACACUGAAGGUGAAGAACAAUCAGUCUGGUAUCUUGCUAAUAGAAAUCAAGGAAAGGAUUAUAUAUAUACCCAGUUGGUUUCUCUACCUCUUCCAAAAGCCGUCCAAAUAUACCUUUAAGAUCUUUCUGUCUCUCCCCCUCCACCCCAAUAAAAAUGCUUUUGAGCAUUUAUUCAAUAAUCAGCACCUUCCCUGGUCUGGUUGAUGGUGAGUUAUAAAGUAAUACAAGAGAACGUUCACUUUGCUUAAAAUUUGUCUUUAUGUCCUCUCUCUCUCUUUCAAAUUACAUGAUAAUUUCACAGACUGCCCCCUUCCACACCAUCUCCCACGUCUCUUCAGAUAACUAAGUAGUCUGUGGACAUGAACAACACAUGAUCUUUUCUCAUACUCUGAUCCAAUUCACCAAUGCUUAGACAUGGCAAAUUAUGCCCAGUUUCUUUGCUUCAUGAGCUUUACUUUGCCAAUUCUUGAUAAUUCAUCAACUGAAUUGUAUUCUUCCUUCCUUCCUCAUGACAGAACAUCUCUCUUGUGAUCUUGCUGGUCGCCCUCUUUCCAACCUUGUUUUAUCUGCAGACAUCAGAAUGUUUCUCUCCACUGACCUUUACUAAAGACCAAAAACGAUGGUGCUUUUCAUACCCAGGGUCCUAAUUUCUUCACCAUGAAGGCUGAUGUUGUUCCAGUUGGUCACUCCCUUAAAUCGUACAGAUGGCUGGGAAAUUCUCUCCAGUUAAAUGUCUUUGUUGACUACUAAAUAGCAUGAAUUACAGAUUCUGUUUUAAAUCCUGUUUGGGAUUAGGAACUUCUCCAGCAGUCGCAACUGACGACUUUCUUGUAACGCCGGCCCAUUUCCACCUUGGAGUAUUUUGGGUUGAUGGUGCAUGGUCUCUCAAGGUGGUCAGAAUCCCACUGUUGAGUUCCUUUUAUAUCCUUUCAAGCUUUCAUGAAUAUUUUAUCUGUUCAGACUACCAUUUAUGUGUGGGGGCAAAUCAUCUCUUGGAGUGGCAUUCCUGUGUUUGGAGCCUCACCCAGGAAAUGUCAGCUAUCCUAGAUACAAACAGCCUCGUGAUAGCCUUUAUGGUAAGAACUUGUCUAAUGUGCUCAUGUAAUUUCCUGAAUAGGAACGGUUUUAUCUUGGAUAUUAUAGGUAACUUUAUAUAUAGCAUAACUGCCUUAAAUCUUUUUAGUAGGAAACAUUCUAUUAUGUGUGUGUAUGGAUUUAUAUGUACAUACACACCUAGGAAAACCUUAACAGUAGGGGUCAUUUAUCUGCUUACAUUUUAGCAUCACUGAAUAAUUCUGUUGUUUAAAUCUCAAAUCUCACUGAGAGUUUCUUAAUUUGCUUGCAGACAUUUUCCUUUCAGACCUUCAGAGUAAUUUAUUUAUUUUGCCAGAGUCCUCAUUUGGCGGUUCAGUUAGUAUGCCAUUUUUAGGCAGCUUGAUAAUUAAGAAUUAUAACUGGAAUUCACUAACAUCAGAGAAAAUUACGAUAGACACCCAUUCAUUACAUUAUUAUACAUGCAGUGGUCUCUGGAAGGUAUAGUGGGGGUUUUUUUUGUUUUUAAUGUCCGAUUGCCAUUCCCUGUUCUUUUCGUCUUGGCUUAAGAUUGCUAAACUGCUUAAGACACCUGGGAGGUAGCACUACCAAGUUAAGUUCUCCUGUAGUUAAGGGCAGCCUGAAGGUGGUUCAGACAUGACUUUUUAGCAGAAACGGACUUUCCAGAGUUCUUUGGGUCUUCUCUGAUUCCCAGACCUCUGACCAGAGGACGUUAGCCUAAGUUAACUUCAGUGUCCAUUGGUUUGCUGCCAUGAGGUCUGUAAUAGACCCCACAUUUCAGCACUGGUGGAGAUGGAAGGGCCCUUGGGAGAAUAAUGCUUCUGUGGAUGGAAGUGAGAAGGAUUCAUUAGCACCACACAAAGGACUUGUAGAUUUUUCUCCAAAAAAAUUUCCUGCAAAAUUAUGUUCUCCCACCCUCCAAAAAAAUGAAAGCUCUUUGUUUCUCCAGAAUUUUCAGUGGGGAGUUAAGGAUUUACUUCCUAUUUCUAGUUAAAGGUGAUCGUUUUUGAACCAUGAAAUCCAUAAUAUACUGAGAUAAGUACAAAAGCGAAGACUUAGAACUCUAAAAAUACCUCAUUAUAUAUUUUGUGUUUCACACUUCACUUUUCUUCUUUCUCUCUGGCUUUAAAGCUUUUGGCUAUUUUACACUGUUAGUCACUAGAUAACUUGCCAUAUUUCUGGUUCUAUAUUAAGUUCUACCCUUUACAAUGCCGUAGCAGAAAGUUGAUUCUCAGCAUCUGUCUGUAGGGAUAGAAGUCUUACUAAAAGUCUCUUCCAAAGAGGUUUUCCUUUUCCUUUUUAUUUUUUUUUUUUCAGUAAGUCCCUUAAGAAAUAUAUGUCUCAUUAUUCACGUUCUUGGAUUGUUCAACAACAAAAUACAUUGGUGAGAAUAGGGUGCUUAUCUGGUGAAUGUACAUACCUGCUUUAAGAAUGUCAUCAUUUGUUGGUUUAUGUAACUACUGUGCACACAGACUAAUAGGAGUCAGGAAUCAUCACGUACCAAGUAGGGGUAAUCUGCAUGGAUUUAAUUUUAAAAAUCCUGUUUCUUGGCAAGACACAGAACCCAAAUUGGUCAUUUUUUAGACCAGCUAUACCUCAGGCUUCAUUUUUGCUUUUCUGACCCUGACUUUUGAGGCAUAAAUAUUUCUGUCUUUUUAUUAGCGAUAGUGAAGCUGUGACACUAACCAUUUUUACACAAGAGGGCAAAAUAAGAAAAACUAGAGACGAUGCUGAAAGCAGCUGUGCAGUUGUUGAACUAGAUCACAGCGUCGUAGGCAAAAUAAAAAUGUUCCUAUCUGAGAAUACUCUUCGCCAUCACUCCCAAGGCCAGACCUUCUGGCAGAACACUGUGAUAAGUAACAGUUCCGGGCCUUUGUCCUCUGAGGGGACUGUCUCCAGUUGGCAGGCUUCUUUUCAAAACAUGAAGCAAGAAUGUGGGAAAUAGUUGGCAAAGAGUGUUUUCACCUAAAAAAAGAAAAUGAAAAGACAUAUAAAACUGAAUUAUUCAUUUAGCUCUGAAAAUCUCAGAAAGAGUCCGUGAAAUACUAUAUAACUGGACAAAACCAGAAGCAGCUUUAGAAGAUUUCCCUGAAAACAAGUUUCAAGAAUGAACUUUUGUACACUGAUCACUAAUUUGUUUAGGUGCCACCAACUGUUCUUAUAACUGACACCAUUAAAAAAGAAUCCACAGACUUCCUAGGAGCUCGCCAUUACCAGUGCCCUCGGAGAUUUUUUUGAGCAGAUGCCCUCAUAGGUAGCUUUAUGAUCUUGAAAAUUCUUACCUUUUACCUAGUGAUACUAAGGGAAGAGUGAGUGGUGUCCUCAGGGUGACUGAUGGCCCUGGAGCACUUGGGGCUGAGGUGUUCCCCCCAACCCUGGGGAAGUCCUAAGAGUACUGGGAGGAAUGGUCACCCUAGGUGUUCUUACGACUAAUCCUCACUCCCUAAAAUGUUGUUGUAGUUACAGUUAAGUUCAGCUGCCUCGGGGCUUGUCAACAUUUCUGAUACUUGGAUAUGCGUCCACUUGCUGUUGUGGACCGAAUGUGAGAUUCAUAACAGAUAACAGCAAUGGCACCAACGUGGUGGUGAGACCAGCGCAUUGUAAUCCAGGGAAGGUAACUGGGGGGUUAGUGAAACAGAAGAGGCAAUAGAUAGCUUAAGUUCGUCAGAGCCUGUGUGUAUAUGGAAGUACAAAAUCAUGUCUUCUGUGGGGUUAAAGCUAAUCUGAAAUUUACAUUUUUUACAGUAAGAGAAAACUGAGUGGUAUUGUGGAUGUCUUCUCGCUUGAGGGAAGAUCUGGCCUUUGAGGCUCCAGCCUCUGCCACAUUCCCCAGACUGUCCUGCUCAAGAAGUCAGAAUGUAGUGUUUAUUCUCAGUGACUGUCGUAUUGAGAUUGCUAACUGCGUCAGCCAGUGGCCGGGGAAGAAAGUGGGUGUCCAGAUCCAGACUGAGCGGUGCCCUCAGUUUUGAUAGCCCCCCACCCCUCGGUGCUUACCAGCUAGAGUGCCAAGCACGGGAGGUGAGAUGCCUCUAAGACAGCAUUAAUUCUGUAAUGCAGUAUGUGAGGGAGGCAGAGUGUCGUCGUUUCCCUGUGGUCGUCCUCGGAGCCUGCGUGCUCUGUGCACUGUGACGUAGAUGGUAGGCGUGUUCUUUGUAAGCUUUAAUCCUACGGUUGUCAAAAGUAUGACGUGGUUCCGUUUUUUCUUUUUUAAACGAUGAGCUGAGGCUUUAUUGCAGCUGGUUUUCAAGUUAAAAUUGUGAAAUACUGAUUUCCUUCCCUCCGCCCACACCAAAUAUUUUAGUCUAUUUAAAGUACAAAAAAAAAAAAAUAGUUCUACUUAAGAAAACAUUGCUUAAAUGUCCUGUGAUUUCUGGUCAAUUUUUAUAUAUAUAUUUGUGUGUGUCUGUAUGUGCUCUCACUUUUUACCUUGUUUGCUCUCUACCUGUGUUACCAGUACUGUCACCAUUGAAAGGUGAACAUUUUUCCUAGCAUUAAAGAAAAAAAGCUAUUUGA